AUGGACAUGUCUCACUAUAUUCGGCAUAACCCAACUUAUCAUUUAAAACCAACCCAAUUCCCUGUGUCUCUGACAUUGCCAUCCACAGCCCUAGAGUUUGGAACGGGCCAACUUCAGAAACAAGAGCUCUCGGAACCUGGAAAAUUUUUUGAUAGGCAUCUCGGAACCCAGAGUCUAAAAUGGGUUAUGUUGAGCUUGCAACUGUGUGAGAAGAUGGUUGGGAAUUCACUAGUCCAUGUCUCAACAAGCCCCGGCAUUUUUUCUUCAAAUCUGAUCAGACCAACUGGAACUGGGUCUGUGAAUUUUUCGCUAUGUCUACCUCCUAGACCAAGAAAAAAAGUUCUUAAUGUAAGAGCUUCUUCUACCGAGAUAGGUCACAGCCAACAACCCACUUCCUCUUCUGAACCGAAGAACCCCCUUUCAGUUGUUUUAGAUGUUCCUAAGAAAAUUUGGAGGCAAACUUUGAGGCCAUUGAGUGAUUUUGGGUUUGGUAGGCGGAGUAUUUGGGAAGGUGGGGUAGGUUUGUUUCUUGUAUCUGGCACGGUUCUCCUUGCUCUUAGUUUGGUUUGGUUGAGGGGGUUUCAAUUGCGGUCGAAAUUCAGGAAGUAUUUGGCUGUGUUUGAGUUUGCUCAGGCUUGUGGGAUUUCUACUGGAACGCCUGUUAGGAUUAGAGGGGUCACUGUUGGCAAUGUUAUCAGAGUUAAUCCUUCCUUGCGAAGUAUCGAAGCAGUUGUUGAGGUUGAAGAUGACAAAAUAAUUAUACCUCGGAACUCGUUGAUUGAGGUGAACCAGUCUGGUCUUCUCAUGGAAACCUUGAUUGAUAUUACACCUCGAGAUCCUAUUCCAACACCUUCAGUAGGGCCUCUUGACCAAGAUUGUGGUAAAGAAGGUCUAAUUGUAUGUGACAGGCAAAAGAUAAAGGGAUAUCAAGGGGUGAGUUUGGAUGCCUUGGUUGGGAUAUUCACCCGCCUAGGACGUGAAGUAGAAGAAAUCGGUGUUGCCAAUACCUAUUCCUUAGCUGAACGAGUUUCAUCUGUUAUUGAAGAGGCAAGACCACUGCUUACAAAGGUGUGA